UCGAUCUUCGUUGACAACUUCGGUUCCCGGGUUUCUUCGGCAGAAGUUUCCACUUUCAAUUUCCAGUCCAAACAUGGCGAUUUACGAUCUCUCAACGGCAUCUGCCGUGCUGCUUCUCCUAAUGACGGCGGCGGCCGUUGAAGCUAGGGACAGCAACCGAGUUUUCUCUCCUUGCGCCGACACGACUGUUGAGAAGUCCGACGGUUUCACCUUAGGGCUUGCUUUUGCGACGCAGCAGAAGUUCGUCUUUAACAAAACGUUGAAUUUGUCUCCUUGUGACAGUAGGCUUGCUCUUACGAAUGGAAAUUCUCUGAUCUCUGUGUUUAGACCUAUGGUUGAUGAGAUCUCCCUCCUCACCGUCAGUACUACUCCCUCCGUGUCCAAUUUCAACCCGUCUUCCAAUAGCUAUAUGGUUGCAUUUGCUGGACGGAAAUAUGCUGCAAGGUCCCCUCCUAUUUUUGUCGCUGAUGAACAACAUGCCGUGACCAGCUUUACUCUGGUGCUCGAGUUCGAGAAGGGCAGGCUGCAAAACUUGUUCUGGAAAAGGGACGGUUGUGCUCAAUGCUCAAACAACAAUACCUUUGUAUGCAUCAACAAUCAGGAUUGUGCAAUCAGAACAAGCAACUGCAAAUAUCGUGGUGGUCCUGUCGAUUGCAGUCUUGCUAUACAACUAGCAUUCUCGGGCACCGAUAAGCACCUUUUGGUUUUCAACUCUUGGUAUGAAGUCUCAAAACUUUGCCAGUACUCGCUCUUCAAUCUGUAUUCGAAUCUCAAAGAUUCUCUCACUAGUCAGUACAACAAGAUCUUCCAAUAGAGCAUAGCACAUAUAUUUUGGUUAAUGCAUAUUCCCAUACAUGUAUGUUGUAAUUCAGUUUAAGCAUCAAAUUCCCUUCAUUUCUUCUUAAAUGAUUCACCAUACGCAAGGCUGAGUGUUUGUUUGUAGAUUUA